CAAUCAAUGAUUCAUUCAAUAAAAAUAAUCAUUUGUUUUGCGUUUCUUUGGGUUUCGCUAUCAAUACAAACCACUCGUGAAGACCAUUGUCGCCAACAGAUCACCACCUCUUCAGCCCCACACCACUCGCCAUCAGACCCGUUGUCACGUGAAUCCGGGGGCCAAAUGUCUUUCUGGACGCCAAAUAUGCCUGAAGUGGACAUCUCUUCGGUCACCACUCGUGUGAAUCAGUUGUCAAACGAAGAGUUAAAGCAAUUACUAAACGAUAAUAAUUACCACAAAUUGGAUGAAAUGAUUAAAGACUUGCCGCAGAUCCGGUCACUCGAGAGGGAAAGGGAUCUACUGAUUGAGACGAACAAGAGUUCUGCGGAACAGAAUCUCUCGCGAGAACCCACUUAUCGUCAGACGAGACAACAGCUGAUCGACGGCCACAACGAACUCAAGACACUGAAGGAGGAGAUCGACAAAAAGAAGUCGCGUUUGUCUGAA